GCCACAGAGCACAACUCCGACACACCGCCAUCACCAUUUCGGUACAAACAUGUUGGAGAGGGCACUCUCCUCCCGCCGCGGCACUCUCUUCGCCGACGACGACGAAUCUUCCGCCUCCGCUGCCAACGCUGACGAAUCCAAGACCAAGAAGAACAACAACAUCCUCUUCCGCGCCACCAACAGGGCUUCCAAUUACAUCUCCCGCCUCCUCGGAACCACCGCAUCCGCCUCCUCCUCCUCCUCCACCUCCUACUGGCUUUGCGCCGCCGUGUUCCUGCUGCUCGUGGUCUUCGCUGCGUCCUCGUUGCUCUUCACUUCGCGCGGCUUCGUCUGCAUCUCGUCCUACAACCCCGUCUCUCGCGCCGGAUUCUUCGGCCUCGACGGCCUCGCUUCCGAUUUUGGAACCCUCGGCGUGCCCUGGUGCAGAUCGAAACUUGGUAAAACAGUAGAAUGGACAUCGAAAGAUCUGCUUAGAGCUUUAGAAGAAUUUGUGCCUAUAUAUGAAACUCGGCCAAUCAAAAACAACAUGUAUGGGAUGGGUUUUGACCACAGCUUUGGGCUUUGGUUUAUGACCCGGUGGUUGCAACCAGAACUGAUGAUUGAGAGUGGUGCUUUCAAGGGACAUUCAACUUGGGUUUUACGGCAGGCUAUGCCGGACAGACCAAUUAUUUCUCUUUCACCUAGGCAUCCGGAAAAGUAUCUGAAAAAGGGACCUGCCUAUGUUGAUGGAAACUGCACAUAUUAUGCUGGAAAGGACUUUGUUGAUUUUGGAAGUGUUGACUGGCCCAAAGUGAUGAAGAAACAUGGGAUUACUGACCUUAGUCGCGUGCUUAUAUUUUUCGAUGACCAUCAGAAUGAAUUGAAAAGAGUUGAGCAAGCCUUGAAAGCUGGAUUCCGACAUCUUGUGUUUGAGGACAAUUAUGACACUGGAACUGGUGACCAUUAUUCAUUGAGGCAGAUAUGUGAUCAAUCUUAUAUAAGUGGCGGUGGACACAGCUGCUUUAAAGACAGUGACGAAGCUAGGGUCAGAUCGAGAAGGAAGAAAUUCUGGGAGAAAGCAGUUGAUAUCGAAGAACUGUGUGGGCCAGAUGAAGCAUGGUGGGGAGUUAGAGGCUACAUGCGUGAUAACUUCAAUCACAGCAACAAGCCAAUAUCAUAUGAACAACAUUUCCAGAACAGCCGGUAUAUUGAAUCUAUUCUCGAUGUUUACUGGGAACUCCCUCCUGUUGCCGGGCCUUCCCUAACCCAUCAAACAAGGUAUGAUCCUGCUCGUGUGUCUAGUCCUAUCGUUGAAGAUGGGCGAUAUGGCUUGUUCCAAAGGCUUGGUUUGUCCAAAUUUGACAACUCUGUAUUUAAUGGAUACACUCAAAUGGUUUAUCUACAGAUAUCUAAAUAGUCAUUUAGAUUUGCUUAGACGGGGGUAUGGAUGUAGUAGAUGAGUUUUGUACCUGUAUUAUGUACGAAUUGUUGCUUCAGCCUGAUUUGGCUUAAAAUGUAGUGUUCUUUUAUUCUUAUUUUCCUCUUUUUUUGAAAUUCAAGCUAGUCACCUUUGCUCA